AUGACAGAAAAUGCCGUUUGUACUGGUGCUGUCAAUGCUGUAAAGGAAGUUUGGGAAAAAAGGAUACUGAAACAAAAUGAAGAUCUGAAGCGGGAGAAAGAAUUUCAACAAAAGCUAGUGCGGAUCUGGGAAGAGAGAGUUAGCUUAACUAAAUUAAGAGAAAAGAUUAUCACAGAAGAUGGAAGACUGGUUUUGAAAAUAGAAAAAGAAGAAUGGAAGACGCUCCCUUCUUCCCUACUGAAGCUGAAUCAGCUACAGGAAUGGCAACUUCAUAGAAUCGGUUUGUUGAAAAUUCCUGAAUUUAUUGGAAGAUUCCAGAACCUGCUUGUGUUAGAUUUAUCACGAAAUACCAUUUCAGAGAUACCUCGAGGAAUUGGGCUGCUCACUAGACUUCAGGAACUGAUCCUUAGCUACAACAAAAUCAAGACAGUCCCUAAGGAACUAAGUAACUGUGCCAGCUUGGAGAAAUUAGAGCUCGCUGUUAACAGAGAUAUCUGUGAUCUUCCACAAGAGCUCAGCAAGUUGUUAAAUCUUACUCACCUUGAUUUGAGUAUGAACCAUUUUACUACCAUCCCUCCUGCUGUGUUGAAUAUGCCAGCUCUGGAGUGGCUUGACAUGGGAAGCAACCGACUUGAGCAACUUCCUGAUACUAUAGAAAGAAUGCAAAGUCUACAUACUUUUUGGCUACAACGUAAUGAAAUAACAUGCUUGCCGGAAACAAUCAGUAAUAUGAGAAAUCUGGGUACUCUUGUUCUCAGCAGUAAUCAACUGCAAGAUAUUCCAGUAUGCAUGGAAGAAAUGACGAAUCUGAGGUUUGUCAACUUCAGAGACAACCCACUGAAACUGGCAGUAACUCUUCCCCCCAGUGAAAGCACAGAUGAAGAGGAACAGGAAUUAUUUGGCCUCCAGUUUAUGCAUGCAUACAUACAGGAGUCACAGAGAAAAGCAGAUCAUCAAGCCAACAGCUUUAAAAGUAAUGAUAGAUAA